GUGCCAGAGCACACACAUCCAUAGAACAGGGUGCAAGAGGCUGUCCAACACACCCAGCGAUACCCGGCCAGGAGAAUAUCCGACACCCUCCCGAGAGUCAGUUGUCAAAUCACAAAGAUGAUGCUGUUGAAGAGUGAGUACAGAGAGGAGGAGGAGGAGCUGACUUCCGCCUCUCCUUGCUCGCUGUCCUCUUCCGACCUGUCCUCUCCGCCCGGCAGCAGCUCAGACGACGAGCACGUCCCCGCAGCCUCCUUCCUCCUGCGCACAGAUGACAGGGAUGUGGACUCUGCUGAUACCAAGAAGCCGAAACGUAGCAGAGCCAGGGCUAGCGCUAAAAGCGGGGAGGUGGUGAUCAAAAUCAAAAAGACCCGGCGCCUAAAAGCCAACAACCGGGAGAGGAAUCGCAUGCACAAUCUGAACUCCGCGCUGGACUCCCUCAGGGCUGUGUUGCCCACCUUCCCGGAUGAUGCCAAGCUUACCAAGAUAGAGACCCUGCGCUUUGCCCACAACUACAUCUGGGCUCUGUCCGAGACCCUGCGCCUGGCCGACCACCUACAAGGCUGCUCCGCCUCCCCUUUGGUCCAAGACUCCCUGUCACCACCCAGUCCCUCAGCCUCCUCCUGGAGCUACACCUCCUCCCCCCCAUCCUCAUCGUGCGACUCUCUGUCCCCUUCCAGCCCUGAUAGCUCCGUCUCGGACACUAUGGACUACUGGCAACCUACUGAGCAUCUUCUGCACCAAGCACAUCAUCAUCAUCACCACCACCACCAGCAGCAGCUCACUACCACAGGUGCCAUGGCUUUCAUGUGAACAAGAACAUUGUAACAAAAACUCUCCUAGAGAUGCUGCAGAAGACAAUGUUGUUUCACUGAGGAAGAAUAGAACCAAAACCUGUGUUGCAGGGACUUCUGAUCUAAGAGUAGAUUGAGUUGUUCUGCUGGGCUGCAUAGUGAAAAUGUAACAUGUGGGGGCAUCCAGCAUGUAGCAGUCCUCAC